AUGUCAGAAAGCAUUCUCGAUUUUGAGAUGCAGGGAUGUAUUGACGCUAUCUCACCGUCGUGCAAGUAUUAUCUUCGACAUUUACGCAAACGAUACCGUGAGACUUUCGUUUCUGGUCAACUUGGCCAGCCGUCUAUCCCAUGCCCAAGCACUGUAUCCCACGGUAGCUCCAGGAUCGAUAUCGAUGAGAUGAUCUCUUUUGAGGUCAAGUCGGAAGCCAGCCUUCAACUACAAAUCAUUGAGCCGCCAAGCUCGGCAGGAAGCGAGUCCGAGUAUGCCGACGAACUUCAAGCCGUCGAGUUAUCCAGAAUCGAUAAACACAACAUAGACGUCGCGGAACAAACCAAAUGUUUGGCGCGUGAUGGUAAUAUCUGUGUGGUCACGGGUGCAAAAUAUCCGAAUGCAUACCAUAUCGCACCAUUUACUUGGAAUGAUACCCAGGAACACAUCGACAGAACAUUCUGCUUAGGGCCUCAUCGAACCUUUUUAGUCGGGAAUGAAUUUGCAAAUCGCACUGACUACCUAAAUAACCGAGAUAAUCCAGGGGAAUCUGAUAAGGCAUGGAAUAUGAUCUCUCUUCACCCCCAAGUUUACAGUUGGUGGUCCAAAGGAUACAUUGCAUUUAAAUGCCUUGAAGUGCAAUCUCUAGGAAACGGGGAGUCCAAUGUGGUUUUGGAGUUCCGGUGGAUGCCUCAAACCAAACGCUGGUUCGGCCAACAGAUUGAUAUCUUCAACACCGGCACAGGAUAUGAUCUAAAAGAAUGGUUUAAUGAGAUCGAUCAGUUCCAUACAUCUGGAAAUCCGCCACCAAAGGCCCGCAAUGGGAUAAGAAUUCGGGCCACUACAAGUGAUGGAGCACCUCUCUGUUCAGGAAAGCUCAUCAUUAUACGAAUGCAAACUGGGGAGGCCUCUCGCUUCAAGGGCAUGAUUGACAUGCAAUGGGGUUGUAUACUUGUUACAGCCUUGAGCGGUGCUACCGGAACUUCACAGCUGCUUUCCGAUUCGAAUUCCGAUGACAAAGUGAUGCAGUGGAUCCAGAACCAGGCAAAAUUCGAUGAAGAACAUGAGUUAGUCUCUUGA